AUGCUCAAGGGCGGCGUCAUCAUGGACGUGACCAACGCCGAGCAGGCCCGCAUCGCCGAAGAGGCCGGUGCCUGCGCCGUCAUGGCCCUCGAGCGCGUGCCCGCCGAUAUCCGAAGGGACGGCGGCGUCGCCCGCAUGUCCGACCCCGCCAUGAUCCAGGAGAUCCAGGCCGCCGUCACCAUCCCCGUCAUGGCCAAGGCCCGCAUCGGCCACUUUGUCGAGUGCCAGAUCCUCGAGUCCCUCGGCGUCGACUACAUUGACGAGUCCGAGGUCCUCACCCCCGCCGACAAGGAGCACCACGUCGACAAGAGCCCCUUCAAGGUCCCCUUUGUCUGCGGCUGCCGUAACCUCGGCGAGGCCCUCCGCCGCAUCGCCGAGGGCGCCGCCAUGAUCCGCACCAAGGGCGAGGCCGGCACCGGCGACGUCGUCGAGGCCGUGACCCACGUCAAGACCCUGACCCGCGACAUUGCCCGCGCCAAGGGCCAGACUGCCGAGCUCGGCCGUCUCCCCGUUGUCAACUUCGCCGCCGGCGGCGUUGCUACCCCCGCCGAUGCGGCUCUCAUGAUGCAGCUCGGCUGCGACGGCGUCUUUGUCGGCAGCGGCAUCUUCAAGUCUGGCAACCCUGCCCAGCGCGCCAAGGCUAUCGUCGAGGCCACCACCCACUUUAGGGAUGCCGCCGUUCUCGCUAGGGUCAGCGCUGGUCUCGGUGAGGCCAUGGUUGGCAUCAACUGCGACAGCAUGAAGCCCGAGGAGAAGAUGGCUGGCAGGGGCUGGUAA